UUGUGCAUGUCUAUAUCCGACCACUUCACGAAUCGCGUUCGUCAAGUGAGCACGCGGCUAACUCAACGCCUAGUGGGAAAUUUUAAUUCUGCAAAAGAAGUUUUUAUUCUGUGACUUUUGUAAGAAGUUUAAUAACUGAAGCAAAAUGGGCAAAGAUUUCGAUGCUAUGGGAUUCGUCAAGGACUUCGCUGCCGGUGGUAUCUCCGCAGCUGUCUCAAAGACUGCCGUCGCACCCAUCGAGCGUGUGAAACUGCUGCUGCAGGUUCAGCACAUCUCGAAACAAAUCAGCCCCGAUAAGCAAUACAAGGGUAUGGUUGAUUGCUUUGUCCGCAUUCCAAGAGAACAAGGUUUUGCUUCAUACUGGCGUGGUAACCUGGCCAACGUUAUUAGAUAUUUCCCAACUCAGGCUUUGAACUUCGCCUUCAAGGAUAAGUACAAGCAAGUUUUCUUGGGUGGUGUUGAUAAGAACACCCAGUUCUGGCGUUACUUCAUGGGUAACUUGGCCUCUGGUGGCGCUGCCGGUGCUACCUCUCUGUGCUUUGUCUACCCAUUGGACUUUGCUCGUACUCGCUUGGCUGCUGAUACUGGCAAGGGUGGCCAACGUGAAUUCACCGGUCUGGGCAACUGUCUGACUAAAAUCUUCAAGAGUGACGGCCUCGUUGGUUUGUACCGUGGUUUCGGUGUCUCCGUGCAGGGUAUCAUCAUCUACCGUGCUGCAUACUUCGGCUUCUAUGAUACCGCCCGCGGCAUGUUGCCCGAUCCCAAGAACACACCCAUCUACAUCAGCUGGGCCAUUGCUCAGGUUGUUACAACUGUCGCUGGUAUUGUGUCCUAUCCAUUCGAUACUGUUCGUCGUCGCAUGAUGAUGCAGUCUGGCCGCAAAGCCACCGAAAUCAUCUAUAAGAACACAGUGCACUGCUGGGCCACCAUCGCCAAGCAGGAAGGUACUGGUGCCUUCUUCAAGGGCGCCUUCUCCAACGUUCUCAGAGGUACUGGCGGUGCUUUCGUGCUUGUGUUGUACGAUGAAAUCAAGAAGGUCUUGUAAAUUAAUUUAUUAAAUUAUUCAAAACAAACAACAACAAAACACUACCAGCUAAUUAUAUUAGAAAUCAACAACAACAAAUGUUUGAAUAACAACGUCAACAAUAACCCAAUAUAAAAAAUAUGGAAUUAUAUUAUUAUUAUAUAUAUAUAUAUGUGCAUAUAUAUGUAUAUGAAAACAGGAGCAUAAUUUAAUUGUAAUUGCAAAGUAAGCAGCAGUAUGGGCAAUUUGAAAAACAAACACUGGCCAGAUAGCAUCAAGAACAACAACAACUAUUACGACAACACUAUGCCAAAACUUAACCCAACAGCAAAAAGAACUUGGACCUCUGCUUUCCGAAGAAGAAGUAUUAAUGGAUGUUGUGUGCUGGAUGGAACGACGAUAAAUACACAUAUUGGACAACGACAAUCCAAUGGAUAGCGUUGAAAGGGCAAAUACACAGAAUCGAUUAGUACUACAUGUUCACCCUGAUAAAUAAAACUCAACUGCGGUUGGUUAAAAAUUGAUAAAAAUA